CCACAGGCAGGCGGCCUCGCCGGCACCACAGUCGACAUGACGCUCUUCCCGCUGGACACCCUGAAAACGCGCCUGCAGUCCUCGGCCGGCUUCCGCGCCUCGGGCGGCUUCAGCGGCAUGUACAAGGGCAUCGGGAGUGCGUUCUGGGGCUCCGCGCCGGGCGCCGCGCUGUUCUUCAUCACCUACGACGGGCUGAAGCGCGCCCUCACACCCCCCACCACCACCGGUGCGCCCGCCGCCGCCGGCGCAGCCGUCCACAUGCUGGCCGCCAGCCUCGCCGAAACGGCCGCCUGCGCCGUCCGCGUCCCCACCGAGGUCGUCAAGCAGCGCGCACAAGCAGGCCAGCACCCCUCCAGCCUCGCCGCCUUAACCCACAUCCUCUCGCAACGGCGCGCGCACGGCGCCGCGCACGUCUGGCGCGAACUCUACCGCGGCUGGGGCAUCACGAUUAUCCGCGAGAUCCCGUUCACGGUGAUCCAGUUCCCGCUGUGGGAGGCGCUGAAGGCGUGGCGGGCGCGGACCACGGGGCGGCGGGUUAGUGGGCUGGAGGGCGGGCUGUUGGGGAGCGUGGCGGGGGCCGUGGCUGCGGGGGUUACGACGCCGUUGGAUGUGCUCAAGACAAGGAUGAUGCUGGCGAGGGAGAAGGUGCCGUUGGGGGUUAUGCUGAGGGGGAUACUGGAGGAGAGCGGGCCGCGGGCGUUGUUUGCGGGGUUGGGGCCGCGGGUGGGGUGGAUUAGUGUUGGGGGGGCGAUCUUUUUGGGGAGUUAUCAGUGGGCGAGUAACCUGCUGGGAGGGGAGGACGGGGGAGACAUAUAG